AUGCAUACUUUAUCUCAAUUAAUCGUUUAUCCACUCACUGGUUCAAAUGUUGUUCCAGCAAAAAAGAUUACCAAAAUUCCUUAUAUUCCUCCUGAAAUUAUUCGUAUUAUUCUUAGUUUCUUAAGAAAUGAUAGAAAAACUCUCGCUGCUUGUGCUUUAGUUAAUCAUACAUUUAACCUUCACGCUACUCCUAUUUUAUAUCAUACUGUCGCAUUUACUUUUCCUCAUACAUUUACACUUUUCGUUAAUGCCUCAAAUGAUAUUAAAAAACGUUGUUCUCAAAUGGUUCGUCACUUGGAUCUUUCUAGUUUCUCUACCUGUGGCUUACAAAAAAGUUCUUUUGAAACGCAAAAUGUCAUCAUUCCAGAUCUUUUAAUUCAUAUUCUAAGAUCCUUCACCGAAUUAAACGUCUUUUCUGUACCUGAAUCUUUGAAAUCCGUAAUUACCCUUGAUGUUUUAAAGGUUUUAUUUUUAGAAUGUAAAAAUGUCAAAAGUAUCGAUUUUUGUGGUUGCGCUAGUAAACAAUUUAGUAGUGCUUUUGAAGAAUUCUCUCGAUCAAUCAGUCGUGUUAAAAUUGAACAACCUUGCAACGAUUAUGAUGAAACAACUAUUUCUUUUCAUAUGACUUCCAAACCUUUAUUAUCUCAUUUGCAACGACUUUCAUUUCAUGAAUGUCCUACAAUUUCUGAAUACUCACGAUUAUACCCCUCCUCGCUCAUACUCCAAAUCUUACACAUCUUGAUUUGGGAGAUUGUUCUAUCAGUGAUUUAA